UAACCGAUAAGCGAUAAAUUAAUUAGGACCACUUGGUGAUAACUAAACUGGCGGCGACCUUGUGCAAGGUCAACCAGAUGCUGGCGGCCUUGCUGAGAGAAUUAAAUUGGCCAUUGGAUGAUCUGCUGCUCGGUGACCAAAAGUCAGUCGAGUGCGACACUGUGAAGCCUUUGCAGUGCAGGAGCAUACACAAAAUCCACCUGCUUCCAGUCUAAAUUGCAAUGGGAGUCAAGAGAGUGGGCAUUCUCGGUGCUGGGGUCGUCGGCCUCAACACUGCCCUUCAGCUGCAGUCUGAAUUUCCAACAUUGGAUGUAACAAUUAUUGCUGAAAAAUUCAACCAAGAGACCACUAGUGAUGGAGCAGCGGGACUUUUCCGUCCUUCGUCUUCCUUCAGUGGACCCAACAUCGAAAUCACCAAGAAAUGGAUUUUGGAUUCUUAUCGAUUCUACGAUGCUCUGCGCAUUACUGGCCAAGGAGAGGACAGUGGGAUUUUCCAAAUUCCCGCAUACAAUUUUUCUAAUUACAAUGAGGGAAUGGUCAAGAAUCAUCUACUCGAGACCGUGGUUCCUGUGUACAGGGCAAUGAGCGAAGAUGAGCUCGAAGAAUAUCCAGGGUGGAAGUGGGGCUCGUUUUACAAAACGCUGAUAAUUGAAUGCAGAGAGUAUCAACCAUGGGCAAUUGAAAAGAUAACCCAGUCAGGAGGAAAAUUCAGGCAGCGUAAAGUGAACACUUUCUCGGACGUUGAAGAUUUUGACGCAGUCAUCAACUGCACCGGUCUGGGUGCCAAGUACCUUUGCAACGACUCCAAAUUGACCCCUAUCAGAGGACAGGUGAUUAAGGUGCGGGCGCCGUGGGUAAAGGCGAGCUACAUGUCCGACUUUGACACCUACAUCAUCCCCAACAGGAACACGAUAACCCUGGGCGGGUGUCGAAACUACGGCAGCUACGACCUCAACGUCUGCCCCUUCACCAAGGCAGACAUCAUGCAGAGGUGCUCAGCCGUCCUGCCCAGUCUGGCCAAGGCCGAGUUUGUCCGCGACUGGGUUGGCCUUCGACCCCACAGAGAUCCUGUCAGGGUCGAGGCGGAAAUGAUUGCUCUUCCCUCAGGAAAAAAUCUUCCGGUUGUGCACAAUUACGGACACGGAGGUUACGGAGUUACCAGUAGCCCUGGCACGUCAAUGCAUGCAGUGCAGCUUUUCAAAGAGCAACACGCAGCGAGCAUCAGUUCGAUCGCCAGCAAACUUUGAAAUUAAUUAAAGCUAAAGUCGACAAAAUAUGUGAAGAAAAUUGGAAAUUUUGUUUCUGAAUGAAAUUCUGAAUUUAAACGUAACAAAAUAAACAUAAAUCCCAA